AUGUCAGGCGGCCCAGCUGGCGGCAUGGGCGGGGGAGGGACGAGCAGGGACGGCGCGCAGAUGCACCCCGACAUGGCGUUCGAAUGGGGCUACUCGCCUCGAGCCGUGCACUCACCGUCCCGCUUCAGUCGCGACGAGGAGGCGAACCCUAAUCGGACCAAGAGCAACCUCAGCCAGCAGCGCACGCUCAGUCUCAGCGCAGCGCGACUCAGCCAAGCCGCGGCGGAUCUCGGAUUCCACGUCACCGCUUCCGCCAAUGCACCACCCGCGGCGCAAGCUGGAGCGUUCCCCGGCUUUUCCCCCGCGGCUGCUGCGGCUGCUGCAGCUGCGCUGGCAGCAGGCGGGGAUGCUGGAGGAGGGGGAGGUCUAGGGGGGGGUGUACCUGGGGGAGGUCUCGUUCGGGGCGGGUCGGGACUGGCAGGGUGGUCAGGAGGGGUAGCUGGUGCUGGUGGCCCUGGUCAUCUACAAUCUCUUACAGUGGAUCCGUCUAAAGCGGGGAUAUCUUCUCGCGGAGCAGGGGGGCAUGGCGUGCCGCCCUUGCCGCUGCCGUCUCCUAAAGGGAACGCCGCCGCUGCUGCCGCCGCCAACGCUGCCGCGGGCAAGCUGGGCAGCCCGAGAGGAAACUUUUCCGGGUCGCGGGCAGGCGCGCUGGGGCAUUGGCCGAGAGCCGGUUUGCCCGCGAGCAUUCAGCAGCAGCUGAUGCUGGGGGCGAUGGGCGGAGGGGCGGGCGGGGGAGCAGCAGGGGGAGGCGCAGCGGGACUCGCAGGGCUGGGGGGAAUGCCGGGCGGUUAUGCUGGCGGUGGAGGCGGCAUGGGGGCGUUGGGGAAUGUAGGGGGAGCGGGAAUGGCGGGAAUGGCAGGAAUGGGGGGAAUGGCUGGGCUUGCUGCUUUGAAUAGCAGCAGUGAUGGCAGCGGCAGUGGCGGAGGCAGUGGGAGCGGAAUACCCGGUAUGAGUCUGCAGACGCAGUUAAGCCUGCUAGCCGCUCAGCUAGACGGCCGAUUAGACGACAACAACCCCCUCUCGCGGACCAGCAGCGCGCCGCCACUUGGCGCGCUUCUCGCCAGCAUCGGUGACGUGGCAGAGCUGGAGAGGCUGUACCGAUUGCUCCCCGAUGCCAUGUCACCAGACGUCUCCCCGCACGUGGGGCUGACUUUGCCGUACCAGAGCAUAGGGUAUUUAUCGUCAACUGUACCAUCAAUGGCGGCUCUUAUAAGGGAGCGGACGAAGCUCUCCCGCACUAGCAGUUGCCCCCCCCCUGUGGCGGAGGACAUGAGCGGGGGCGCGGGGGGAAGCGGAAUGGAGGAGCGCGCGGGCGAGGGGGAGUCGUCUGAGUCUGAGGGGGAGAGCGGGCAGCGUGGGGCGGGCGCGGGGCACAAGAGGAAGAAACGCAGAGCUCCGGGAGGAGUGGGAGCGGGAGCUGACGUGGCUGGAAGGAGCGGCGUAGGCGGCAAGGUACUGGCGCGUUUGAAGAUUCACUUCAUCAAUACCAUGUGCCUAACAGUGCUCGUGUCUGCCUGCGCACUGUCACUCGUGCACUCGUGCCUGCCUGCGCUCGUGCCUGCUGCGUCUUGUUGCCUGUCCUUCCAGCACACCACUCACCAGCUCUGUCACCCCCCCCACUCCAGUUCCUUCUCCCCCGGCUCCAAUCCGUCCCCCUUUCCCCCCUCGUGUUCCCCCCACUCACCGCCUGACCCUUCCCCCUCACGCCUCCGCGCGCCACCCUGCCCUCCAAUGCAGAGGGAAUCAGACGACGCGCUGGACGGUGGAGCGCGCCUGAGGUGGGAGCCAGACGACGCGCUGGACGGUGGGGCGCGCCUGGGGGGACGCGGAGGGGGCGGGGUAGGGGGCGGGGGCGCGGGAAGCGGGGGAAGGGGAAGUGCAGGGGCGUGGGGGGGGAGCCCGGGGGGCGGGUACAGCAUGCAGGGCGGGGGGAUGGGGGGGAGCAUGCAGGCGGGGGCGAUGGAAACAUCGAGCCAGGACUACAUUCACGUGCGGGCAAGGCGAGGGCAGGCCACUGACAGCCAUAGCCUUGCCGAGCGGGUGCGGCGGGAGAAGAUCAGCGAUCGAAUGAAAGUGCUGCAGAGCCUUGUUCCCACCUGCACCAAGGCAACAGGCAAAGCAGUGAUGCUGGAUGAGAUCAUCAACUAUGUGCGAUCUCUGCAGCUGCAGGUCGAGGUGAGUCUGAGGGAAUACGUAGCAAUCAUGAGAGCCCCCACCCCUUACUUCCUCAUGCCAACCUCACCCCGCUUCCUUUCUGCCAACCCUCCUUCCUUUCCUUUUCUCCCUUUUCCUUUCUGCCUCCUUUCCCCCCUUUUCCGUUCUCCCAACCUACCCCCCUCCCUGUCACCCCCCCAGCUGCUGUCGGCCAAGCUAGCAGCAAUAGAGCAGGACACUGCAGAGAUGGACGGCUCAGAUUCACCCGCCGACUUUUGUGCGGCCCAGAUGGCAGCACUGGGAGGGCUGCUACUCCCGUCCGCCCCCGCUUCUGCCGCUGCUGCUGGCACGGGGACAGGUGGAGGUGGAAAUGCCACUGCUAUGGGUGGCGGUGCCACUGCUGCUGGUGCUUCGGCUGGUGCUGGUGCUUCUGGUGGUUCUGGUGGUAGUGCUGGUGCGGCUGCUGUGGCUGCUGCUGCGCUUGCAGGUGGAUCGUUCCGGCAGGCAUCUCCGUCCUGCUCCCAGUCUCACGAUUGGUCGACCACUGAUUCGGCCCAUCACAGCACAGCAUCGCCCAUGGCCACACCAUCAGCAUCAGCGUCACUGGGAGCAGCGGGCGCCCUGCACCCGGACAUGGCCUUCCUCCCCACUGACCUCGCCCGCCUCCUCCUCUCCCGCCACCUGCCCAACCUCCCCUUUGCGGGAGCCGCUGGGGCGGCGGGGGGAACAGGAGGGGGAGCAGCUGGCGGGGAGGAGAUGAGGGGAGAUGGCGGGGGAGGAAUGGGGGGAGGAAUGGGGGGAGGCGGAGGAGGAAUGGGGGGAGGCGGAGGGGGAAUGGGGGGAGGCGCGGGGGAGGGGCUGGGGGAGCUGACAAUGGAGCAGCUGCAGGCCCAGCUGGAUGCCAUGAAUGGGGUAGGCGCGGCAGGGGCAGGUAGAGGGGGAGAGGGGGGCCUGCCACACAUGGGUGUGCAGUGUGAGUCACCUCCCCAGAAUCGCCCAGCUUAUUCCCUUUCUCGACUCCCCUCCCCCAACAAUGCCCUUGAAGAGCCACAUGGAAAGUUAGAAGUCGAUGCAGUAGGCGCUGCUUUCGAAGGGCCCCUAUUUUCUCCUGCUCUUCCCCCCGUGCCUCCCUGCUCCUUGCACCCACUCUCUGGCUGUGGGCUGUGGGAUGGUGGGCUUGAGAGUGUAGUGGCAGCAGCAGCUGCCAUGUUACUUUUCAGUCCACUCAAAUGCCCCCCCGUGCCCCCCAUGCUCCUCUCUCCCACCCGCUGGCAGUGGGAUGGUGGGCUUGAGAGCAUAGUGGCAGCAGCAGCAGCCAUGCCGCCUUCCCAGCAGGCCCAGUCAGCUUCAGGCAACAGCCACUCCGCCAAUAACCAGCCCGCGUCAGGUACGCCGUAUCACACCAGCUAA